AUGACGCAGUCUAGUGGUGGUGGUGGCCCGAGCUCGCAUAUCGGCAUCAACCUCGGCACCGCAUCGAGCGGUGGUUCCUCGCAAGGUUCCUCGCAAUCGCGCCCGGUUGCCCAAUGCCAUCCUGCGGCUUCGCAGCCCCCUGCUCCUGCGGGGGCGCCUCCGCCUGCUCCCAUGCCUCCUGAACAGCCCGCUGGUGUUAAUGGCAAUCCUACCGGGGGUGCCCCACCGCCCGCCCCACGCCCUGCCAGGGUCGCACCAUCGCCUCAGCAGCAGCCCGCACCUCGCAAACAGCCUGCUGCUGAGCCCGCGGUCGAAGUCGAGCGUGCCGCAGCGGCCGCGCGCAUGGCUAGCCGGAAGGUGGUGAACCUACCGCCGGUCCAAGAUGGCCGGCCACGAAGCCGACUCCCGAAGGGAGGCGGCUGA